AUGGCGUCGAAGUCGAGUAGUUCAAGCGUGUCUGUUCGGACUUGCGAGUCAGUGGCACAGAAGCUGUUCAUCCAAUGUCGAGAUACUGGCAGUACCUACAAGUCAUUGACCGCCAGUCUCAGGGCUUUGCGGAAUGUCCUAGGAGAAGUCGACGAGGCGCUUGAUGGCCACGUAGGGCAGCAAGACGAUCUAAACCUGCCGUGCGGCAUCUCAAAAUGCGAGGCCAUCCUCCUGAAGCUCGAGGCGGCUCUUGUCUUGUCAAGAUGCUCAAACCAGUGUGAAGUGAAUAGCAACACUAUCGCCACUUUCACGAAGGAACUAGACACCGCCAGCCGCGAACUCGUUACAGCAUAUAAGAAGAUGACGCGCACCGACGUGUUAUCGCUUUCCAUGCGUCCUGAUAUCCUUUCUACACAACGCACACGAAGUCAAAGCAGCAGAACAUCAACCCCAUAUUGCAGCACGACCAAGGAUAUCCCUGGCGACACGUGCAGUUCCGGAUCGGCAGCUUCAAGCAUUGGCACCACCAAGCGACAAAGCCGCAGCACUACGGAGAAGGAAGUCUUCUACCCCGACAAGCAAAUCUACCACCACUACCAUCCCGAUAGAGCCAAUAUACUUCAGCGGUCUAGCUCUCAGGCUAGUCUGCGUAGCAAAGGCUCAUCUAGCAAUGCCCGUCCGGAUCCGUAUCUUGCUUCACCGUUCGAAGCAGCGUGUGGACUCAUACACAAUGACGACACCUUAGUUGGACAGAUGGCAAAGUCUGAAUUAUCGUGGAUCCCUUCAGCAGAGCUCCAGGGCGAUGAGAAGAGUCCGUCGGUUAGAAAGCAGCAGUUGCCGGAGGUUGGUGCUGCAGAUUUGAUGGCUAGUCACGGCAGGAAAGAUUCGCUUCUGGGCGAUGUUGAGGCGAAUGUAAAUCGACAGACGAAGCGUUCAGAUGAGCGUGUGGAGAUACUGCAACUGAAAGUGCUCGAUCAGGAAGAUCAUAUAGCGCUUUCGGCUGCUGAGGGACCUUUCGGCGACGGGAACGAGACUUCUGCGAUUGGCCUGACCACCACUGCUAGGGAAGAUGCAGCUUUGCCCUUGAACGAUUGCGAAUGUGAUGAGAAGUCAUCUUUCAUCACGGGAGACGGACUAUCCACUGGUGGUUGUCGAGCACUAGCUGCAUAUCCAGCAAGACCAUCACCACCAACUCCUGCAAACACACGAGUAGGGCUGAAGGAGCUCGUACUGCCGACGCCACUCCCUAGAUUACCGGAGGAUGUUGCACAAUCUACGGCGCUGCCUGACAGUGACUCGGAGGAUGAUCUAUACGACUCCACGCCUGUGAUGAGACCCGUACCUGACGACGACACUGAGUAG